AUGCAGAACAGCGAAGAUGAUUAUAGAACGAUUCUUUUCUAUCUUAUAUUUGACUCGAUAUUGUUGAAGCUGAAUGAUCGCUUUUCUGAUGACAAUACUCUUAUUCUGAAUGGUAUAUCUGUGCUGUUUCCGGAGAGUAAUAAUUUUCUUCACAUCGAAUCGAUUCAACCAUUGGGAACACAAACGAAUGUUGAUUUUUCAGCGUUGUGCAACAAGAUACAUGCUCUGAAGCCUGUGUUGAAAGAUAAAACAAUGGAUAACGUUGGUGAAGUUAGCACCAUAUUCGAAUAUAACCUUCCCAUGUUCGUUUUGGAACGUGUUCCAACCGAUCCAAUCAGCGUUCCAAGUAGAACCCGGCGAGCUCUAUCUAAUGGUGUGACAGAGUUCGUUGAGUUCUACUCGGAACCUUGUUUGGAACGGUUGGAACGCAUUCCUGAACGAAUAUGGGAAGCUUUUACUCGAAUAUGGUGCCAGCAUUUUAUUAAAAAAAUGAAGUAUUUUGUAAUUUUUUUAACCAUCGUUUGGACUAUGGAAAAUCUAACCACACCAUUAGAUAGAGCUCGCCGGGUUCUACUUGGAACGCUGAUUGGAUCGGUUGGAACACGUUCCAAAACGAACAUGGGAAGGUUAUAUUCGAAUAUGGUGCUAACUUCACCAACGUCAAUGGAUAACAUUGUUGAUUUAUACACCGAGUUAUUACCUUUAAAACCGACUUUUCCUGAGCUGACAGUGCUUCUUCUCGUUGCAAUAACAAUUCCUAUCCCUUCUACGAUGUGUGAACGAAUAUUCAACUAG